GCUGGGGCAACGUUGAACUGCACGACCGACUGUCAGGAAGUUACGGUGAGUUCGUUUGCUAACUGUUAGCCGCCGUUAACCCACUAAAAAAAAGUAAAAAAGUCUGCGAGGUGACAUGAAAUUCAACCGCUGGACAAAGUAGCUUUUGAACCAUGAAGGAGGACAAGGAAAACACUCGACCGAAGGAGAAAAGGGUGGAAAUAAGGUGUGAAGAUGCAGAAAAGACGGAGAGGACUAAGGAAAAGAAAGAGGCCAUGACAAAGAUUGUGAUCAGACGAUUACCUCCAAGUCUGACCAAGGAGGAGCUGGAGGAGCAGUUGCAGCCUCUUCCAGAGGUGGACUACAUGGAGUUUUUCUCCAAUGACACCAGCCUUUACCCACACCUUUUCGCAAGGGCUUACAUCAAUUUCAAAAAUCAAGACGACAUAGUCCUCUUCAGGGAUCGGUUUGAUGGAUACGUGUUCAUAGACAACAGAGGGCAGGAGUAUCCUGCUAUUGUGGAAUUUGCACCCUUUCAAAAGGUUGCCAAGAAAAGAAGCAAGAAGAAGGAUGCAAAAUGUGGAACACUUACUGAAGAUCCUGAUUACAAGAAGUUCCUAGAAUAUUAUAACGGUGAUGAUGAGAAAUUGACAUCUACACCUGAAACUUUGUUAGAGGAAAUUGAAGCUAAAACAAAAGAACUUAUUGCGAAGAGAACUACACCUCUGCUGGAUUUUCUUAAAAACAAACAGAGGAUCAGAGAAGAAAAGAAAGAAGAGAGAAGAAGAAGGGAGCUUGAACGCAAACGUCUGCGUGAUGAGGAGCGUCGUAAGUGGAGAGAGGAGGAAAGGAAGAAACGUAAAGAGGCAGAUAAGAUGAAGAGGUCUGAUAAACCCCUAGAAAAGGACAAGGAUCAAGUGAAAGAAGAACCUAAAAUUAAGCUCUUAAAGAAGCCAGACAGAGGUGAGGAGGGUGAUUCUGAGAAGCCCAAGGAAAAGGCUAAGAAGCCUGAGAGGCCAAAUAAAGAGGACAGAUCUGCUGGGAGUGGUGAUCCAAAGAGGCGUCAGAAUAUUGAGAAUAAGGAGGAUCGUGGACGAAAAAUUGGCGAAGACGGGCGGAAGGAGUUCAGGGAGCGUGAUGCAGACAGAGACAGAGAGCGUGAACGAGAGCGGGAGAAGGAGCGUCGCCAGAAAGAGAAGGAACGCAUCAGGCGACAGGAUGAGGACCGUCGGAGAAGGCGAGAACGGCAGGAUGGAGAGAACUCGUUCAGGAAGCGAGAGGAGGAGGUGAAAAAAGAAAAAGAGCGCGCUGUGGAGAAGAAGAAGGGUGAAAAUGGUGGAGAAUUUACUCACAGUGAGAGGCCGGAGAAACCUGCCAAAGACAACAAGAAGGAAGACAGUGGUAAAAGAGAGCGACUACGUAACAAGGACCGACCAGCCAUUCAGUUGUACCAACCCGGGGCCAGAAGCCGCAAUCGAACUGGAGGUGGAGCCGACUCCAACACUGCAGACAGGAAGUCAGAAAGCGAGACCAAGAAAGUGUCUGACAAAGGAGAUGAUUGAGUAGAUUUGUAAUUAUGGCAUUUUAAGUUUGAUAAGGUGAAGUGAAACAGGCCUGUGAGGCUCAGAGCAGAGAUGUGGCACCAAGCGCAACACUGCAGCACUGCAGUUGAAGCAGGCCUGCCUCCAGCUCUCCCUGGCUCAGAAGGAGAGGUGUGACCGUGGAGCCUCCAAGUGCCUCAAUGUGACCCACCUUAGUUUCAUUUGUUAGACAAGGUAACAGUUUGGCUACAGGGUGCAUUGUGUAAAGCCAAUAGUUACUCUGAUUACAUGAAGUGACCUUAUUUCAGUGAAUACAUUGCAAACACUGGCUUACAGCUCUUUAAGUAUGAAAUAAUUCCAUAUGUUGAUGUUGCCAAGCUGAUCUACUGUUUCUCCUACAUCUCUAUGACAGUCCUGUUGUAGCACUGCUCUAUUCUCUUAACCACACAUGGCAAUUACGUCUCACUCUGCCUGGGGAGCUUGACAGUGCAAAAAUAUUUGCAGAACUAUUCAUCGUCUAUAAUUCUAAAAGAGUUGUAACCGUGGUUUGGAAUCAUGUGCCCUGUUCUUGAAUUCACACUUUUGGAGAAAUAGCCAUUUCUGACUAGACUGCCAUAUGACAGCCAUGCCUGCAUGCAGACUUCAGAGUGAUCAACCUGUGGCCUUCCCCACUUUUCUAAUAUGAAUGAAAAUGUGAUGCAUGUAAACAUAUUACUGUAGGCAUUGCAAACAUACAGUAAUCACAUUUCACUGGAAAUAAAAGAGCUCUUAGUUAAAAUGUG